AUCAGCUGCACUUUUAAAUAUAAGGUAAUGCCAUGUGCCACCACCCCUAUGAUCUCAUCAAGAACUGAAAGUGUGGAAGCUUUGCAGAAGUACUAUUGAUGGCAAAGUUGCUGGAUUGCAUUUGAUUUCCUCCUUUUCUUAGGUCCACCUACUGAAUGCAUUUUUAGUUUUUUGCCUAAUCUAAUAUAUAUUGCUCAAAUUUCCCGACUCCAAGCUUUUCAUUGUCUUCACUUCCUAUUCAUCAUUGGGCAAUCCGCCAACCCCCCCCCCUCAGGAGCCUGUUGAGGUCUGUGCCUAAAUACACUCAACCUGGUUCCUGCUGCUUAACUACCAACUUGCCGCUCUGUUGCCAUAGAUACGUGCUGGCACUGGCGAGGACUUGUGGAAGCUUGCAGAGGGAAAUUUUUAGAUUUACAGGCUGCCACCUGGAUAAAGAGUUAAAAAUUAUUAUUAAAAUAAAUAAAUAAAUAAAUAAACAGCUUACCUUGUUUGUCUAAGUUCAGCUUUCCAAAAUUGCCUAACACAAAACCAGUGUAGCCCUUUUAAUUGCAAGCCGAUGGGAAUAAAACUGAGUUGAUGCACUGCUCUGGGUUGUUUACAACAUGCUGCAACCACACAGAAGCAUCCCAGCGAGAUAUUAAUGCAGUACACCUGGGCAGGAAACACACUGCCUUUAGCUUUGAAACAUUUAAGUCAAAAUUAGUUUUUAGCCUACAUAAGUACACAGCUAAGGGUAAGACAGUUCAUUCACUUAAAUAUUCAAAUUCAUUCCUUUUUUAAAAAGAUCAUAAAAUGAAGUAAUGCUAUCAAUUUUUUUUAAUGUUGAGUUUGAGGCACAACAUGCAAAGUAUAGACUAAAAUCCAAAAUAUUAAUUCCAAGUGAUAGUGAAGUUCAAGGGAAGCAGAAUAGAGGUGAAAUCCAAAAACAGGCAAAGUAUCAAACAGAGGGAGAGCUUUAGGAACUAGAAAAAAGAGAGUGCCAUGAAAGAAACGAGGACUUGGCUGUAGAAAGUUUGAGUGUGAAGGGUAACAAGAGAAACUAGCAAAGAACAAAUGAAAGCAGGGGAACAGAUACACGCUCAGUGAUGAUGUUAUCUACCACAGGUAUGGCAGAAAGGCGAUAACGAAAGUACCAGAUAAAGAAGAAGAAUAUUGCAUACUUCUGCUUCAGUGGUCAUCAUCUUGGCUAUGGGACCAAAAAGGUUUCAGCCAUUAGAUGAAGUUUGUGCCCAUAAAGAAAACAUGGACACUUUUUCAGGCAUUUCAAGUUGAACAAAAAAAUAUGUGCUGAGGGGUUGAUUAGAAUUUAAUGAUGCAAAAUGUCAUUUACAAAACCUUAGAGCGUAUGACUGGAAGUGGGCUUUCAGAAAUGAGAAAUACUAACUGGUUACAACAUAAAACAGAAAAUGGGGAUAAAGAAGCUAAAGCGUGACAGCCAAGAGGUUUGUUUGCAAGUCAUUGCCCCAUUUUUGUCUCGCACAUUGCCAUUUUCAGAUGAAAUGUGAAAAUGGAAAAAGAAAGUAUUGUUUGUAAGUCCAUGCUUUAAGCGAAGGUUACAAAAUGUCUUGAUCAGCUGGAGCUGUGUUUGAUUGACAGCAGCUGGCAUGUUGCAGUAAAAGCCAAGGUCAGUAUAGCAUGCAAGCCAUGGAGACAGGAACUUGUUAGAAUUUGUUUGAAGGUACAUUUAAGUGCUCUUACUUCUGUAGUAUUCAAAGUGGAAACAGCAGCUCACUUUUCCCAGCUGUGUGUUUGAUUGUCCUUAUUGAAUAAAAAGGAGACUGUGAGAAUAAAAGCUAAUGUAUAUCAUUGUUCAGCAUCUUAGGUCGCCACAGCAGAUCAUCCGUCUCCAUUUCACCUUCACCCUUGCAUCCCCUUCUGUUACGCCAACUCUCUGCAUGCCCUCCUCUCUGCGGUCUUCGUCAUUUCCUUCUGCAGUCCCUUACUCACGCCUCCACACUCCUACCUUUGCUUUUCUCUUGCUGCUCCCGACCAUGCUGGACCCGUCUCCUCUUCCUUUGUCUUUGCCCAGCAGUAGCACAGUUUCCAUCGGGACCUCCGAUGGCGGUGGUUGUUAACCUAGGCUCUGAUCAUUCUGCUGUAUCCCGGAGGCCCAGCUUGACAGCUAGAGGAGAGGUCAUCACCAUGACUGCGUCCUCACAGGACUCCGCCCCCUCGUCUAUGGCUGGCCUCUUCCUACUCCUUCUCCUCCCGGCUGUUUUCACGCAGAACUCCGCUGUCCCAACGACCCCGAUCCCAUCCUCGUUGGACCCCCUGACCCAUCUGGAGUGCACAAAGAAAGAACACCCAAAGGUUUCCAUCAGAGCGCUCAGUCCGUGGAUUUCAUCCUUCUCCCACCCUGGUGUGAGAGACUACUCCCAGCUCACCCUUGACCUGACUAGGAAUGAGCUUAUUGUGGGUGCCAGAAACUACCUUUUCAGACUGGACCUCAGUAACCUGUCACUGAUACAGGCGACAGAAUGGGCACCGGACGAGGAGACCAGGGGGUCCUGUCAGAGCAAAGGCAAAACAGAGACCGAAUGUCAGAACUACGUCAGAGUCCUGCUGGUGAACAAGACGGAGGUCAUAACGUGCGGAACCAAUGCUUUCCAGCCGCGUUGUAUCGCCAGAGAGGUGGGCAACUUGAGCAGCGUGCUGGAGAGCGUGAACGGCGUGGCCCGCUGCCCGUACGACCCUCGUCACAACUCCACGGCGGUGGUGACAGAGAGCGGAGAGCUGUAUGCCGCCACUGUUAUCGAUUUCUCCGGCCGUGACCCCGUCAUAUACCGGAGCUUGGGCGGCAUGCCACCACUCCGGACUGCCCAGUACAACUCCAAAUGGCUGAAUGAACCCCACUUUAUCUCGGCCUACGACGUCGGCCUCUUCACCUUCUUCUUCCUGAGGGAGAAUGCAGUGGAGCACGACUGCGGCAAGACGGUGUAUUCCCGCGUGGCGAGGGUCUGCAAGAACGACAUCGGCGGGCGAUUUCUCUUGGAGGACACUUGGACCACGUUCAUGAAGGCGAGGCUCAACUGCUCUCGCUCCGGGGAGAUCCCCUUCUACUACAACGAGCUGCAGAGCACCUUCUACCUGCCCGAGCAAGACCUUAUCUACGGCAUCUUCACAACCAAUGUCAACAGUAUUGCAGCAUCUGCAGUGUGUGCCUUCAACUUGAGCGCCAUCACCCAGGCCUUCAACGGGCCUUUCCGCACCCAGGAGAAUCCUCGUUCCACUUGGCUUCCCACGCCCAACCCCAUCCACAAUUUCCAGUGCGGUACUAUAGAUGACAAGGGUCUGAAUCAGGGCUUGACAGAGCGCAGUCUGCAGGACGCCCAGCGGCUUUACCUCAUGAACGAUGUUGUCCAGCCGGAGUCUAUUGAUCCGCUGGUCAUGCAGGAUGAUGUUCGCUUCUCAAACCUAGUCGUGGACAUUGUUCAGGGCAUGGACACUCUCUUCCAUGUUAUGUACAUCAGCACAGAGUACGGCACCAUCCUGAAGGCACUGGCUACACCCAACAAGAACCUGCAAGGCUGUUACUUGGAGGAGAUGGAGCUCUUCCCAUCAGGUGUUCGAGAACCGAUCCUGAGCCUGCAGAUCCUGCAUAGUGACAGGUCACUCUUUGUUGGGCUCAACAACAGAGUCCUGAAGAUCCCGCUGGAGAGAUGCUCCACCUACAAAACGGAGACACUGUGCUUGGAGGCGAGGGACCCUUACUGCGGCUGGGACUUUAGGCAGCGCAGAUGCACCACGUUGGAGGACAGUUCUAACAUGAGCCAGUGGAAGCAGAACAUCACCGUUUGUCCGCUGCGGAACCAGACCAUCGACGGCGGCUUCGGGCCCUGGGCACCGUGGCAACCCUGCAACAAUGAUGAUGUUGUUGAUGGUGUGAGCUCCUGUUUGUGUCGCUCCAGAUCUUGUGACAGUCCUGCCCCUCGGUGUGGAGGCAAAAACUGCGAGGGCCCCACCAUCGAGGUGUCAAACUGUUCAAGAAAUGGAGGCUGGACACCCUGGUCGUCAUGGGGACAGUGUAGCACAACCUGCGGUACAGGCUUCGAGCUGCGCCAGCGUUCUUGUAACAACCCCUCACCUCGCCACGGUGGCCGUGUGUGUGUCGGGCCUAGCAGGGAUGAAAGGUUCUGCAAUGAAGGGGUGUCCUGUCCCCAGCCUAUCUUCUGGACCCCGUGGGGCUCCUGGACAAAGUGCAGCACCGAGUGCGGUGGAGGUGUCCACUCCAGGGUCCGCACUUGCGAGAAUGGCAACAGCUGCCCAGGAUGUGCAUUGGAGUACAAGGCCUGUAACCUGGAGGCUUGUCCAGAGGUGAAGAGGAACACACCUUGGACACCCUGGAUGCCCGUCAAUGUCACUCAGGGAGGAGCUCGUCAAGAGCAGAGGAUGCGCUACAUGUGCAGGGCCCACCUGUCUGAUCCUCACGAGCUGCAGAUUGGACGGAAGAAGGUGGAGACGCGCUUCUGUCCUAACGAUGGCACAGUGGCCUGUGAGACAGAUACCCUUGUCGAGGAACUCCUCAAGACUCCAGUGGUGAGAGUAUCGGGCACAGGCUGGUCAUCAUGGGAGACCUGGUCAAGCUGCUCACACAGUUGCGCAAAAGGUUAUCGCACGCGUCGGCGAACCUGCUCUGGCCCAGAGGGAAAGAGUGCCCCUGUGGCCUGCCGUGGCUCGCCUGUGGAGUAUCAGGACUGUAAUGUCCAGGCAUGUCCAGUGAACGGUGCCUGGUCCUGCUGGUCGUCCUGGUCUCAGUGCUCAGUGGGUUGCGGUGGCGGGCACUACCAGCGGACACGCUCCUGUAACAGCCCCGCGCCUUCCAAUGGUGGAGACAUUUGCAUAGGACUACACACCGAGGAAGCCCUAUGCAACACACACCCUUGCGAUGGUGGUUGUGCAGAACGAAUGGAGCAGAGAGCAGAGCAGCUUGUUGGUGAGCGUCCGCCUGAUAGGAAAGGUGGCUGGAUGGCCUGGUCGCUGUGGUCGGCCUGUGAUGACUCAGGCCUGCAGAUGAGGAGUCGUGUGUGUGGUGCUCAGGGCAACACCCCCUGUGUGGGGAACAGCACUCAGCGUAGAGACUGCAAUGAAAUACCCGUCAUUCUCCCUGCAUCUGGUUUUGAUAAGGACCAACACUGUGGAGCAUUUACCUCCAUCCACCUAAUUGCCACUGGUGUUUCCUGUUUCCUUGGGGCGGGGCUGCUAUCUUUCCUGAUCUAUGUGUACUGUCAACGUUUCCACAAGCCUUCUCAAGAGUCUGCCAUCAUUCAUCCCACCACCCCAAACCACCUCAACUACAAGGGCAAUACCACGCCAAAGAAUGAGAAGUACACACCAAUGGAGUUUAAGACACUGAAUAAAAACAACCUGCUGCCAGAUGAAAGAUCCAAUUUCUACCCAACACCGCUCCAGCAGACGAACGUCUACACCACCACCUACUAUCCCACAGCGCUCGGCAAAUUUGACUACCAGCCCAACUCAUCCCCAUCACCGUGCAGGACCUACAACCACACUAACAAUAGCUGAGACCCGCCCCAAAUCCGGCUCUCCACCCUGCUGCCCCAAACGGACGCCACCCCCCAAUGCCAUGGUGACAUAACUGAACCGACAUGAACUGAAGUGUUUUUCAGAGCUUGGCCAAGUUCCUCUGAUCACCAUCGCCCCCUGUCUUUGCUUUCUAGCCUCUUCACGUUUGUUUUUAAGGGUCUUUUUGGAACUUUCCAUCAGGAGAUCUGGAUUGGAGAGGAAUGCCCCUGUCCUAUUAUAGUCAGGAACUUGUGCAAGCAGCUGGGGCUGUGUUGUUGUAAAGGCCUGACUGGAUAAAGCAGUGUCAACUCUCAGCUUCAUGCAGAGAACUAGUGGAAAACUCUACGAGGACGAGUAACGGCUUUAGACAGAUUGUUAUUACCGCGCACUUCAGUGCCGAUGCCGGGUCGGUCGACCAUCCGCACUUCUAGAGGCUAACACGAAAACAAUAAAUUUAAAAAGAAGAAACAUUUCUGUGGAGCUGGGUCACCGUUUUAUGCCUCUCCAUCACAAACCACAUUUUCAGCUUGUAAUGAACUUCGAGUCCCUCGACAGCAAAAGCAGUUACAGAGAACAAAAAGCACGUAUAGCUACGUCCUUGCCACACAGCACAAAGCAAGAGAACAACAGUAAAAAAGAGAAAGCUCAAUGAAGUCAAUGCUGGAGUAAAUUAGAGAUCAAUAUCAGCUCAGUUGUUUGGGGGAGGGGGAUCCACGCCCUUCAUUGUUGCUAUUUCACACGACAGAAAAGAUAAGAAGUUUGGGGUUGAUUAGGGUUUGACUACGCUUCACAUCAUCCUCAGUCGAAGGAGAAAUAUACCGCUUAUGAGUCGAGUCCCUUGUCUUUAGUGGGCAGGGAUAUCGACUCCUACAGUCAAAGCACGGAGCGUUGGAAGCGUUCUGAACUGUAAAAGCUUUGGGAAUUCCGUGGGUGCCUGUAUGCAAUAGAAGGCAGGGGCGAGAUUUGUUUUAUUUCUACUUUUUUUCCUCUAUUUUUUGUUUUGCUUUUCAAGAACAAUACAGACUUCUGGAAAGGAAUUGAUUGAUUCUCCAAUUGAUUCUCCAAUGGAUGCAUCGAUUCUGCUGAGUGCUAAAUAGCCCGGUGGUCAUAUCAAAUAUGGCCAGUGUGCUGAACAAGUGGAUUGGGUUUUCUAUGAUGGUAGAAUAAGCUAGUAGAUUGUCACUUGUUCAUUUUUUUUUUAAAUGUUUGUUUUUCUAAGAUGAUAAUUGUUUUAUGCUCAGAUGAGCUGUAGCAUAGGAAGAAAUAUUUUGUUAAAUAAGAUAACUAAUUAUUUCUUGUUUCUCUAAUUUCCAUUUCACUGAAUGAACACAUUCCUUUUGUUUUUGAUUGUUCGGCUUUGUGACCAUUGCAUCUUCGAUACAUGAAAUGUUAACACACAAAAAAAAUAAAAGGAUUUCAAUUAUAUUGUUUUUGCAAAGAAUGUCAAAAAAUAUCGAUCUGGGCCCUCUUGAAGAGAAAAGAAAAUUGCUGAAUUACGCUUGCCUAAGUUUACCAGUGAACAUCAAAAGGGAUGCAUGCGUGUCUGAAUGUAAGUGUGCUUGAAUGAGCAAAGAGAGCCUACUGUAUUUUGUACAAUGUAAAUGCUUUCAUACAUAUGACUAUGACGUCUGCAAAGCGUGUGUAUGAGUGUGUGUGUGUGUGUGUGUGUGUGUGUGUGUGUGUGUGUGUGUGUGUGUGUGUGUGUGUGUGCACUUCUCCACAUUGUGUUGCAGGCAUUCUACUGUUUCCUUUUCCUGUUUCAUGUCUGAGAUGUAAGUUAAAGCAUCACACCUCUGGUCCGUGCGGAGGUGGAAUGGACGUUAUUUAUAGUCAAAGCUUGGUUUAUAAAGGGCAUUCUCACAGCUAUAUUUUAUUAUUAUUGCCUGAUCGAUGAAUGCUAACCCAGCAAUGCUUUUCAGUUCAGCUAAUGUACAUGCACGAGAUGAGAGCUCUAUCUGUAUAUAGGAGCGACAGCCUUCUACCCAUUUAAUGUCCUUGAAGACAGUUGUGUAUAUGUAUCUGUAUAUUGUAUAGCUAACACUGUUUGUUUAAAAAAAAAGCCUUAUAGUUGUUUAAAGAGAAAAAAAGUACAGCAGCUAAGUACACACCAACCAUGAGGUUUGUUUGGGGACAGAGCUCCACAACGUGACCGACCGCUUGUGACUUGUGACCUUUCCCAGCUGCUCAAACACAAAAUCUCCAGAGUCACAUGAACCCGGAAUGAAAAUAACCCACCAAUGAGAGUACCGCGUAUCAUACGCUGGAAAUGAUCAUUUAUAACGGCGAUAUGAAAUUUAAAAAGAUGUCAUUUUGAUGUAAACUCAGCUUGUGGUCAGACGGGCGUUCAACUGACUGGUCGAUCUCGAGCUCUGUCCCCUGCGAUGUGAGGCUCUGUGUCCUUCUAUGCAACUUACCAGGUGUACUGUUAGACCUGUCAUGUAUAGUAGACAAAUGUAUAGUAAUCACUGCCUUUUAGACACUGUGAAUUUUUGGUACCCUAUAUUUUUGUAUAUUGUACAUUAUCAAAGGACAAUAAACCUUGAUGCCAACAUAAAAA